CCGUCGGAUGAAUGCUCCUUCUCCAAUGUCAAAUGGAUCAGGCUGGUCUAAACUUUCUCUAAAUCUCCUGAACAAGGUAUUCAAAUGUCUUGGGUUUGCAGAACUAGCUGAAUCAGCAUGUCCAUCUCUGCCAAAUGCUUCAAGAAAAUCAUCACCAAACAGUCAAACCCCUUGGCUGAUUCUAUUUCCAGAAAAAGGUAAAGAUUAUUGUUUAUUGUUUAAUCCUCAAGAUAAAGAGAAGUUGCAAAGAAUUCAAGAUCUCGGUGAUAACUUUGCAAAUAGUCAUUGUUUGGCUAUUUGUGGUAGUUGGCUCUUUAUGCGAGAUCUUCGAUAUAAUCUCUACAUUAUGAAUCUACUCACACGCGAGAAGAUUGAUCUUCCCUCGGUAGAGUCUCAGUUUGGUAGGAUAAAGAUUGAAAGAACCAUAGAUGAUAUGUUUCAUAUAAAACUUGAUGGCGAAUAUUUUGGAGAUCCUGAUAAUCACAUCGAUAUUUACUACCCUUCAUUAUGGAUAGACGAAAACACCAAAGAUUAUGUGGUUACAUGGUAUCUCCGUUACUCAAGACAAUAUCUGGUUUAUUCUAGAAAAGGAGAUAAUCUUUGGAAACAUGCUAGUUUAUGGAGUCAUGACAUGCUAAUCUAUGAUAUGGUACACAAAGAUAAUAAGAUCUAUUUGUAUAGCGACUCUCGUGAUGUCAAAGUCUUGGAUUUUUCAAGAGAUGUUCCGCGGAAAAUCUUUAAAACGAAAGUUAACUAUGAUGUUUGGGCUAAGGGACUGCCACGUCGUCUUGAGCCUGGUGAUGUCUGGGAUAUGAAAAAAGAACAUCUUGUAGUCACGCUAACUGGAGAACCCCUCAGAGUUAGGAGCAUUAUUAGAAGUGAUUCUGAUGUUUGGUAUUUCCGCAUUUACAAAAUGAAUUCUUCAAAUACCGAAUGGGAGAAGCUUACUUGUUUGGGAGACGAGGCAAUAAUUUUGGAUCAACGCAUCACCGUGCUUGCCAGCGCCACUGAGGGAAUUAAGAGAAACUCAAUAUAUUUCAGUGGCUACCGUUCUGAUCAUCAACGUGAUUGGAGUGAAAAAGAUAUAUUUAUCUUCAAUCUGGAUACAAACGAGGUUCAAAGACCACAUUUACCUGUUUGUUCAUCCAUUCGAUCAUCCAAUGCCCGAUGGUUUUUAUCAAAUUCCAAAGAAGUACAUAACUAGUGUGAUCUAGACUCUGUUUUCUAUUUUCAAUGCUUUUUGUUUAAUUCUCUAUAAACAUAUAAUGUUGGACUUGUGUGUCUCUUUUCUUUUGUAUGUGUGAAAGUAAUAU